UCUUUGUCCUCGCCUCUCAGUACCGCACACGACUGGAGAAGGACGCAGGGCUCCUCGCUAGGAAAGAGCUGGAUGGCUUGAUAUCAGAGGGAAGGGACUUUUGUAAAAAAAUAAAUAGAUAAAAUAAAAUACCAGAAAACAACGGCUCUCUUUUUACACCUCUGAUGAGACGGAGGACCUACAACACGCAAGUGAAGGUUUGAGAGCGUCCCUGUUCCACAGGCAAAAUGAGCUGGAGCUUUCUCACACGUCUCUUGGAUGAGAUUUCCAAUCACUCCACCUUUGUGGGCAAAAUCUGGCUCACCCUCCUUAUCGUCUUUCGGAUCGUGCUGACGGCCGUCGGGGGCGAGUCGAUCUACUACGAUGAACAGAGCAAAUUUGUGUGUAACACGCAGCAGCCUGGUUGCGAGAACGUGUGCUACGACGCUUUUGCGCCGCUGUCGCACAUCCGCUUCUGGGUGUUUCAGGUGAUUAUGAUCACCACUCCCACCAUCUUGUACCUCGGCUUUGCUAUGCACAAGAUCGCCCGCAUGGAGGAUGAUGAUUACAGGCCCCGCGGCAGGAAGAGGAUGCCCAUAGUGAGUCGCGGUGCCAACCGGGACUACGAGGAAGCGGAGGAUAAUGGCGAGGAAGACCCCAUGAUCCUUGAAGAGAUUGAGCCCGAGAAGGAUAAGGAAGUUGUUGAAAAGCCCAGCAACAAACACGAUGGACGCCGUCGGAUCAAGAGAGAUGGUCUGAUGAAGGUGUAUGUGUUCCAGCUGCUAUCGCGUGCCAUCUUCGAGGCGUCGUUCCUGUUUGGACAGUACAUCCUCUAUGGGCUGGAAGUGGUACCGUCGUACGUAUGCACACGCUCGCCUUGCCCACACACGGUGGAUUGUUUCGUCUCGCGUCCGACAGAGAAGACGAUCUUCUUGCUGAUCAUGUAUGCCGUCAGCGCCUUGUGCCUGCUCUUUACCGUGCUGGAGAUCAUUCACCUUGGCAUCAGCGGGAUUCGUGACUGCUUUUGCACACCGCGACCGCGCCCUCCCACCCCUCGCCACCCAGCUCUGGCCAGCCAGAGGUCCUCCAUCUGCCGCCAGCCAUCAGCCCCCCCAGGCUACCACACGGCGCUGAAGAAGGACCCGUCAGGAAAAAUGGGCUUCAGGGACAACCUGGGAGACUCGGGGCGCGAGUCUUUCGGCGACGAGGCCUCGUCACGGGAGCUGGAGAGACUGCGCAGACACCUGAAACUGGCCCAGCAGCACCUGGAUUUGGCGUACCAGAAUGGGGAGAGCAGCCCGUCGCGCAGCAGCAGCCCAGAGUCCAACGGAACUGCGGUGGAGCAGAACAGACUAAACUUUGCCCAGGAGAAGCAGAGCAGUACCUGCGAGAAAGGUGAGUACUUUUUUUAGCAUUUCAAAUUUCUGCUGACAAAACAAAUGUCCACUGACAAAAUCUCUUUUCAGGUCUCCGCGCAUAGCUUCUCAAUGGCCAAUCAGAACACACGAGGAGCAGUGAGAGGACAUAAGGGAAUUGAACAAUGAGUGCGUGUGUAUGCGUGAUUGUGACAUUGAGGAUUUGCUUGAGGUGGAUGAAGUCAGCCCAAGCCUUCCAGUGUUACGGCCAACCACGGCCGAGCAUCGAGUCAAAAGGGCAGUCUCAACCCAGCAAUACUUGAGACGCCAGCCUGUCUGAAGAUCCAAAGUGCUUACAAACUGCCACUGUGCAACAAGAGCGGUUAUGGUCAACGUGUACGUCUCCCUCAGGGCAGCUAUUUUCGUUUAUAUUUUAUUAUGAGACUUAGUCAGUAGUCAUUUUGAUGAAUUUGUCUUCUCUUGAAAGUGCAUCUCAAGUUUGCCUUAGACUUAAACUGGAACUCUUUUUUUAUGGCAUUUUUUUAAGGCCAAGUCAGUUGCAAAAAAAAAAAAAGUUUUAACUGUAAGAAUUGUGUACUGGUGUGAGGGAGAAUGAGUGCUUGAAGAUGCAAACAAAUUUUUAAUGGACACUACGCACCACUGAUGAGACAGGUACUGGAGUCAUUGUCAUGCGGAUGAAGACUUCUCAAGGUGUUGAUUUACAUACAAAGGAUUCUGUCAAGUGUGUCAUACUUUCUUCUUUCUUUCUAUAAAAUAGUUUAAUAGUGUAAUGGCACUGCACCAGUCAACAUGUCCCAGUCUGGUGCUUGGAUGGUAACUGGAACACACUUGGGGCUCCUUUGUCCAAAGGAAUAAACAAACCUGGGUAAUGCUUGAAAAAUUGUGUAACUCUUGAUAUUGUGUUGUGUUAAGCUUUUGAUACUGCUCUUUAUUUUUGUAUUAGUUUUAAGUAUUGUGGUAUGGACAAAAAGCAUGUCACUGUGGCCAACAGUUUUAUUUCUUUUGACCGUUAAUCACCUGUGGCUUACAUUUUUUAGGUACCAUCAAAUGUUUACUUUUUCAGCGCAAGCCCGAGUUUAAUUGUGUCUGUUGGUUAAAUAAGGGAUAAUACUGUAUGUAUGUUCAAUAUCUGAAAGUGCUGACAUUUGGAAGAGUGCUGCCGCUGUUCCACAAUCUAAAUGACUGUUGUAAACAAAUGUAAUAGUUUCAAUGUGAAUUCAAUGCCUUGAGUGAGCUCUAACAAGAUGCCAUGUUUUGUAUUCUGAAUCAUACCCACAGCGCCAUUUGUGCCAACUCAAAUAUUGUCAUCUCCAGUUAUUUUUGACCAAUGCUUUUUUGUACUUUUUUAUACAUUUUGUAUUGAUAGUACUUUGUGGUUAGUUUUUAAAAUAAAUUUUUUACAACAGAUACCACA